AUGGCUCACAAUUUUCCUGAGGAAAUCAUUCUUGAUAUCCUGUUUAGAUUACCUCCUAAAACAUUGAUCAGGUGCACCUCAGUGUGCAAGUCAUGGAACUCCAUGAUCAAAAAUCCCAGCUUUAUACUCACCCACUUCAACCGUACAAUCGAUCUUAAUAACCAGGUUGGCACCCAUCUCCGCCUUGUGUACUGUGCUCGUAUAGUUAAACGGUCUAGAUUCCGCCAUGGUGACCUUGAGUUAUUGGAGGAGCAAUGCAAUUUGUAUUAUGACAACCUUGCUUUUGAUGAGUACUGCAAACUAGAAUUUCCAAUUGCUCCCAGGGAAGAACUGCGCAAUAAAGUUUUAGACGUGGUCAGCGUUUGUAAUGGGCUGGUGCUUCUUGCUGAUAAAAAAGUUUGUUCAGGUAACACCUUCAUUUUAUGCAACCCGUCUAUGAGAAAGUCAGUGACCCUUCCUAAGCCUCAUUAUACCUUCAAAGGAUCCCGGUUAUUAUAA